GAAGGCGGGGCGGCGAGCGGACCGGCCGUGAAGAUGACUGUGUUCUUCAAAACACUUCGAAAACAUUGGAAGAAAACCACAGCUGGGAUCUGCCUGCUGACCUGGGGAGGCCAUUGGCUGUAUGAAAAACACUGUGAUAACCUACUAAGGAGAGCAGCCUGUCAAGAAGCUCAGGUGUUUGGCAAUCAACUCGUUCCUCCCAAUGCACAAGUGAAGAGGGCAACCGUCUUCCUCAACCCUGCAGCUUGCAAAGGCAAAGCAAGGACUCUAUUUGAAAAAAAUGCUGCCCCGAUUUUACACUUAUCUGGCAUGGAUGUGACUGUCGUUAAGACGGAUUAUGAGGGCCAGGCCAAGAAACUGCUGGAGCUGAUGGAGAGCACAGACGUGAUCGUUGUGGCCGGAGGCGACGGGACGUUGCAGGAGGUUAUUACUGGAGUUCUUCGAAGAGCAGAUGAGGCUGCCUUCAGCAAGAUUCCCAUCGGCUUUAUCCCGCUGGGGCAGACCAGCAGUUUGAGUCAGACCCUCUUCGCUGAAAGUGGAAACAAAGUCCAACAUAUUACUGAUGCUACACUUGCCAUUGUGAAAGGAGAAACAGUUCCCCUUGAUGUCUUGCAGAUCAAGGGUGAAAAGGAACAGCCUGUGUUUGCGAUGACUGGCCUUCGGUGGGGAUCCUUCCGAGAUGCUGGCGUCCAAGUUAGCAAGUACUGGUAUCUCGGGCCUCUAAAAACCAAAGCAGCUCACUUUUUCAGCACCCUGCAGGAGUGGCCUCAGACUCAUCAAGCCUCCCUCUCGUACACGGGCCCUAAAGUGAGACCCCCCAGUGUCGCCGACGAGACCCCUCCACGGCCCUCUCUGUACAGGAGGAUCCUGCGGCGGCUGGCGGCGUACUGGGCCCAGCCGGCGGACGCCCGCUCCCAGGAGGGGAGCCCCGAGGUCUGGAGAGACGUGCAGCUGUCCACCAUUGAACUGUCCAUCACGACGCGGAACAGCCAGCUUGACCUGACUAGCACGGAAGACUUUAUGAACAUCUGCAUUGAACCCGAGAGUGUGAGCAAAGGAGACUUCAUAACGAUAGGAAGCAAGAAGGUGCGAGACCCCACGCUGCGCGCCGAGGGCACCGCGUGUCUGCAGGCCAGCCAGUGCGCCCUGCGCCUCCCUGAGGGCUCGGGGGGCUCCUUCAGCAUCGACAGCGAGGAGUACGAGGCGAUGCCCGUGGAGGUGAAACUUCUGCCCCGGAAACUUCACUUCUUCUGUGACCCCCGGAGGAGGGAGCAGCUGCUGCCGAGCGCGGCUCAGUGAGCGCCUGGGGCCGCGCACCCCGAGGCCGCGCUCGAGGCCACCCGUGGGACCAAAGGGAACAGACGCCACACCGCCCUGUCCCCGCAGGGCACCCGCUUCCCGUCCGCGCAUGCUUUGACUUCUGUGUGACAGUUGCCCCUCCUCAGGCCAGUUCUAGGACAUCCUCGCACCCAGCAGCUGGGGAAGGGCUAGACCUUGUCGUCUCCCCCACACGCAGCCACAGGGGCAAGCAGGGUCCUAGCCCCGCUCCUCUGUCCCUGUCUGUCCAGCGGCCGGCCUGCCACCGUGCCCUGGCUCUGGGCCCCCCCCCCCCCCCGGCAGCUGCUGCCCGGGGGGCUCUGCUUCUCACUUGGCUUGUUUCAGUUUGAGCCUCCAUCCAAAAACGUGGGUGAGGUGUUCCCCUCUUCAUCCAUGGCUGAAAUACUGUAAAAUACUAGUUUUUUUAAGUAGUGGUUCUUAAAUGUGGGUGUGCAUGUUGAACUGUCUGGCGUGCCUGUCGAAAACUGAGACUCGGGGUCCAACCCAAACCUAAAUAGCUCAGUCCAGGUGGGGCCCAGGUAUCUGCAUUCUCUCUAGACAGCAGCCACCGCCACCACCCCCACCCCGCCGAUGAGUCUACCCCAGGCGGCCCCCCACCGUCCCCGGACAAGCGUUGUACAACAGUGGCCUUCCUCGAAGUCUUCUGAAAAACCCUGCACCCCAUCCCGCUUUUAAGUUGACAUCUGAAAUUUUUCAUGGGAGGUUAGACUUGCCAAAGUAUGUACUUUCUGCUGUCCUGUAAAUAUUGAUAUUUUAAAAUAAAAACUGUUAUUUCACUAUUUUACACAUAUUCAGUGUAAUUUAAAUACACAGCAAUUUGACAGUCAUCGCCCAUUUACAAAAAAAUAAACGACCAAGUUCUUUAGGAGUUGAAGGUUUUAAAUUGACUUUUCUCCUUGUAUGUGUCCAUACUGCCCUCGCCAAGAAUGCUAUCGCAGUUCAAUCUG